UUGAAACAUUUAGGAUACUCACAUUUCUACCUAGAUUAUAAAAUAUUCUAGGGACUUCUACUUUGUAGUUUGGAAUAGUGGUUUUGAACUCAUUAGGAAAAGAAAGAACAAGAAGAUGAAUGUGGUUUUGAAAUGGGAUUGGGAUGGUCACCUAAUAAAGGAAGGUUGCAGCAGUUGAGCUUGAAAUUGAGUUUCUUAAUGGAUGAUCUCAACAAUUUCCAAUAUAUCUAGUUCAGAAGUUUAAAGUAGUCUAUUAUUAUUAUGGAAGGUUUGAAAUCUCAGGAUGAUAAGCAUUGUAUGAUGUUUUUUUGAUAGUUCUGCAAAGCAUUAAAAGACUUGUUUCUCCUUUAAGAAUGAGCUAAGGGGCCUUCAACUUGCUCAGACAUUUAAAUGUGCACGACUUUUUAUGCAUGAUAUAAAAUAGUGUGUGAGAUUGUUGCUAUCAGUUGAAUAACAUGGAACCUAGAUUGAAGAGCAGAGAACCACUCGCUUUGCUUCUUCUCACAGUGUUCCAACAACUAUUGCCUUGUUGUUACAGAAAUGGAUGGUUAAGUUCCAUUUCCUUGUAAAUUAUGAUGAGGCAACAUAUUAAUGGCGGUAUCCACUAACAUCCAACUUCAACUUUUGCUUCAAGUUAGUAAGAAACAUACUUCAAGAGAAAAUAAGAUAGGAUGUGAAAUAGCUCUCGAAUUCACAAGCUUACUAUUGAAAUAUUUGGAUGAAAAGUAGGUACUAUUUGCAUUGGUGAGAUUUAAUUAUUUUUCGUGUGAAUGGUAAUUAGGUGAUAGCUGACCUUGUCAGAUUAAAAAAAGGGGGAAAAAAGUAUGAAAGAAAACAAAUUGAUUGAUGAAAGUAGUUAGUGGUUCAUUCUAUGUGAAUUCAUUUUUGGGUAGUCUCUUCUGUUAUCAGAAUCGUACAACUCAUGAUACAUAUUGCACGAUUUAGUUCAAUACACAAAUCAAUCGAUUCGUAUUUAGGGGGUCAAUCAACGAAAGCAAGAAGCAUCAGAAUCAUAUGAUUCACGAUGUGUAUCACAUAAUUCAAUUCGAUACACCAAACAAUCAAUUCAGCUUUAUCCGCAUAUUUUUAUUUGCAAAAGGAAUAUUUUGAAGGAAUCAAGUGACAUGAUUGAAAAGUGUGGUGAUUUGAGUAUGCUGGGCCCUUUGAGGUGAGUAUUUGGGUUAUUUGAAGAAUAGAAUUGACGUCUUUUGGAGUUUUAAGGUUUUUGUAUCCUAACUUUUGGGAAAAAAAAAACAUGGAGCCUAGAUUGAAGAGCAGAGAGCCACACGCUUGCCUCUUCUCACAGUGCUCCAACAGCUAUUGCCCUGGUGUUACAAAAAAGGAUGGUUAAGUUCUAUUUUCUUGUAAGAUCUUCUAACAAGGGAACAUUGUAAUGGUCUAUAUUUCAACAACUUAUUGGCUUUAUCUUUUACUUAAGGUGUGAGGAAGCACAGUUUGACUUGCUUAUUCUUUACUUAUAGUUAGUUUUGUGUUUUUCCGUUUUUCGUCUUCUUCCACCCAACCUAAGCCUCCACAUUUUUCAAUCUAGGCCUACCACUUGUUCUAUCACAGGAAUUAGAGCCCCUCAUCAGUUCAGAAGUUCAAGAUGAGCGGGAAGGAUUUAUGUAAUGCAUUUGUGUAUAGAAUCAAAAUAGAAUAGAAAUAUUUGAAGAGACUGAGUUUCUUUGAGUAUGAAAAUGAUAAUUAUGUCAUAGCUUUCUUGCUAGAUAUGUGAAGAAGAUAAUACUAUAUUGUUUGGAGUUUUCCCAUUAUAUUCUGAGAUCUUCUAAAAGCUUGAAGUUUAUUACAAGGAAUUGUGAUUUUGAGCUUGGAUUGCCAGCCAAUAUAGUGGUUCGCAGCACCCAAUUUUGAAACCUGGAAAAUAUGUCAACCGCGAUACUCCCCUCUCACUGCAUGUUCAGGAGUGCACCCCAGACCCAAAGUACCACCAAUGCCUUCAUCAAGAGCACAAAAACGUCUCUAGUGUCUGUAAAGAGUGUCUCUAAUGCCUUUGGCUUGAAAUCUUCCUCAGGCUUUAGAGCAUCUGCUAUGGCAGUAUACAAGGUCAAGCUGGUUGGUCCAGAGGGUGAAGAGCAUGAGUUUGAAGCCCCCGAUGAUGCUUACAUCUUAGACUCAGCUGAAAAUGCAGGGGUUGAGCUGCCCUAUUCUUGCAGGGCCGGUGCUUGCUCGACUUGCGCUGGUCAGUUGGCGUCGGGUACUGUUGACCAGUCUGACGGAUCUUUCCUUGAUGAGAACCAAAUGAAGCAGGGUUACUUGCUGACUUGCAUUUCAUACCCAACUCAAGAUUGUGUCAUUCACACUCACAAGGAAGCUGAUCUUUACUGAGUAUUCUUCAUAUCAGCCCUCUGAUUUGGUGCAAGAAAAGGCAUUGGAUAGGGCUUCAAACUUGUUAUCUAGAUUUUCUUGGAUUGCGAUGUCUUGAACCGUUGGUACUCUUUUUAAGCAAAUCAAUCAUUUUUCAACCCCAAAAUGCUAGUCUUCUUCACUUUCUAGCUUCUUUUCUUAUUUUUGUAUCAUAUGUAUCCGUGCUUGAUUAAAGAACAUAUAUAUAUCCUUUUUUGUUUUUGUUUGAUUAAA